AUGGACCCCCUCCUCCCCGUCCUCCUCCUCCUCCUCUCCCUCGCCGCCUUCUCCGCUGCCUCCGACGAGAUCGACGGAUGCGGCGGUUUCGUCGAAGCGAGCUCGGGCCUGGCCAAGUCGAAGAGGGCGUCGGAGUCCAAGUUCGACUACUCUGACAUAACGGUUGAGCUGUGUACUGUUGAUGGUUUGGUGAAAGAAAGCACCCAAUGUGCUCCUAAUGGCUACUAUUUCAUUCCAGUCUAUGACAAGGGUUCAUUUAUCGUCAGAGUUAAGGGGCCUAAGGGAUGGUCAUGGAAGCCUGAAACUGUUCCUGUUGUCAUUGAUCAAAAUGGAUGCAAUGGAAAUGCAGAUAUGAACUUUCAAUUCACUGGAUUUACAGUAUCUGGUAAAAUAGUGGGAGCUGUUGGUGGUAAGAGCUGUUCAAAAGAUGGAGGACCUUCUGGUGUGAAAGUUGAGCUGUUAUCAGAUUUGGAUGAGUUAGUUGCAUCUGCUUUGACAUCAUCAACAGGAGGAUAUGCGUUUGUGAAUAUAAUUCCUGGACUCUACAGGUUGCGUGCAUCUCAUCCUGAUUAUGAAAUUGAGAUGACAGGUUCAUCAGAGGUGGACUUGCGAUUUGGAAAUGCUGUAGUAGAUGAUGUUUUCUUCGUAUCAGGAUACAAUAUUCAUGGCUCUGUAGUUGCACAGGGAAAUCCAAUCUUGGGAGUUCACCUGUAUUUAUAUUCAAAUGAUGUAAAGGAGGUUCCUUGCUCACAAGGUUUGACCGAUGCACCCAGGGAAGGUGCUCUUUGCCAUGCAGUAUCUGGUGUGGAUGGGAAGUUCUCAUUUAGAUCAAUGCCCUGUGGUAGCUAUGAUCUGUUGCCAUACUACAGAGGGGAAAACACUGUUUUUGAUGUUUCACCUUCUUCAUUACAUGUUUCUCUUGAGCAUAGUCACAUGACAAUCCCCCAAAAAUUCCAGGUUACUGGGUUUUCUGUUGGUGGACAUGUUGUUGAUGGCUAUGGUGCUGGCAUUGAAGGUGCCAAGGUUAUAGUCGAUGGUCAGUUGAGAGCUGUAACAGAUAAUCUUGGGUAUUACAGACUUGAUCAGGUUACAUCCAAGAAGUAUGAUAUAGUUGCUGAGAAGGAUCAUUAUAAGUUCAACCGUUUGGAGAACUUCAUGAUUUUGCCAAACAUGGAAAGCAUUGAUGAUAUCAAAUCAGUUCGAUAUGAUGUAUGUGGUGUUGUUCAAACAGUAACUCCAAACUCCAAAGCCACGGUAACUUUAACACAUGGGCCUGAAAAUGUAAAGCCGCAGAGGAAAAUUGUCAGCGAAAAUGGAAGAUUCUGCUUUGAGGUUUCUACUGGUGAAUACCGAUUAUCUGCGUUACCUGUAGAUUCCGAAGGUUCUUCCAAUCUUUUAUUUUCUCCAGGAUAUAUUGAUGUCAAUGUCAAGUGCCCGUUGCUUGAUGUUGAGUUCUCUCAGUCACAAGUCAAUGUUCACGGUAAGAUCCUCUGCAAAGAGAAAUGCAACCAAAAUAUUCUGCUCUUGCUUGUUAGAUUAGCUGGGGGUGUCGAGCAUGAAACGAAGACAACCAGUUUGGAGCAAGAUGCUAAUUUUGUGUUCACAAAAGUAUUUCCUGGAAAAUAUCGUCUGGAGGUGAAACAUUCUUCAUCCAAGGCUCCUGCAAACGAUGAUUGGUGCUGGGACGAAAAUACCUUGGAUGUAGAUGUCGCUAAUGAUGAUGUGACAAAUAUUGUAUUUGUACAAAAGGGUUAUUGGAUAGAGCUAGUCUCAAGUCAUGACACUGAAGCAUACAUUCGUCAACCAGACUCUUCUAAACUUGAAUUGUUGAUAAAGGAAGGGUCACAAAGAAUUUGCAUCGAAACUCCUGGGCAACAUGAGCUUUAUUUAGUUAAUUCUUGCAUUUCCUUUGGGACCUCGCCUAUUGUGUUUGAUACACACAACCCAGUGUUGGUUCACAUCAGUGCAAAGAAGUAUCUUGUAAGAGGUGAAAUCCAUGUGGACAUAAGCUCCCCUCUGGAAGAGAUCGAUUUAUUAGAAGAUAUCGUUGUUGAUGCCUUCAAGAGUAAUGGGAGCUCUAUCGACAAAAUAUCUACCAUGCCUGUUUUUGCAAAGAGUUAUCAAAAUGGUAUUACUGUCUUUGAGUACUCUACUUGGACUGAUCUUGGGGAAGACUUCAUUUUUGUCCCUCGUGAUUCCAGCACUAGAAGGAAAAAGAUCCUAUUUUAUCCAUCACGGCAUCAGUUCUCAGUGUCUGCAAACGGAUGCCAAGAUGCUGUUCCUUCAAUCACUGCUAAAAUGGGUCUAUACCUUGAAGGAUCAGUGUCACCUGCAACUCCUGAUGUUCAUAUCACGAUUCUGGCAGCUGGAAAUAGCAAGUAUGCGAUGCUGAAGAAAGGUGAUAUAGCAACAGAGACAAAGACAAAUUCUGAUGGGUCAUUCUUUGCAGGGCCCUUAUAUGAGGAUAUAGGAUAUGAAGUCGAAGCCUCAAAGGCUGGCUAUCAUCUCAAGCAAACUGGACCAUACAGCUUUGCUUGUCAGAAACUUGGUCAGAUAUUAGUUCAUAUUUAUGGUGAAAAUGAUACAGAGAUGUUACCGGCAGUAUUAUUAUCCUUGAGUGGUGAAGGAGGUUACAGAAAAAACUCAGUCAGUGGUUCUGGUGGAACUUUCAGCUUCGAUAACUUAUUUCCUAGGAGUUAUUAUCUCCGCGCUCUUCUUAAGGAAUAUAAAUUUACUCCAUCAACAGUUGCUAUUGAUGUCAAUUCUGGGGAGUCUAGAGCGGUUGAGUUCCGUGCAACCCGUGUUGCCUUCAGUGCCAUGGGUUCUGUUACACUGUUAACUGGCCAACCAAAGGAAGGUGUUUUUGUUGAAGCUAGAUCUGAAUCAAGAGGUUAUUAUGAGGAAGCUACUACAGAUUCUUUUGGUAGGUUCCGCUUGAGAGGACUUAUCCCUGGCUCAUCUUACUCAAUAAGAGUAGUUGCAAAAGAUAAUCUCAGGUUGGCAGCAGUUGAGCGUGCUUCACCAGAAUCUGUAUCAGUUGAUGUCGAUGAGGAGGACAUCUCUGGUAUUGGUUUUGUGGUUUUUGAACGCCCAGAAGCAACAAUUUUGAGCUGUCACGUGGAAGGAAAUGACAUUGAUAUGUUGCAGCCACAUUUAUCUGUUGAAAUUAGAUCAGCUGUUGACCCUUCUAGAAUAGAAUCUGUAGUUCCUGUUCCUCUUUCCUACCACGUCGAAGUAAGAAAUUUACCCAAAGGAAAGCAUUUUGUUCAGCUUCGGUCUGGCCUUCCAUCACAUACCCAUAUAUUUGAAUCUGAGUUGGUUGAAGUUGACCUAGAAAAGCAACCUCAGAUUCAUGUUGGUCCUCUUAAAUAUAAAACGGAAGAGCGGCAUCACAGAACUGACCCCAGCCCCAGUUUUUCCUCUUAUUGUUGGAGUUUCUGUUGUUACAGUCGUGAUCAGUAUGCCAAGGUUGAAGGACUUGUACCAAAGCGCUGUAGGAAUGACUUCCCUAGGUUCAGGAAACACACCGAGCAGAAAGGAACCACGCAAGACAAUAUUGAGAAAGAGAGCCUGAAACAUAUGAUCCUGAUUAGGUGUGGAGAAUUUGAACUUACACAUCAGGAUUACAAAUGUAGCUGUUUCCUUUCUUCCCAAUGGGUAAUUUUGCAGAUGCGGAAGCUAAUAGUUAAUAGUUUGUACCAUUGUUGA